AUGCGUUUCCCAACCCUCACCCUCCUCCUCCUCCUCCUCCUCUGCCUCACCACCCUAACCCUCGCCCAAAACAGCGAGAAAUACUGCCGCAUCAACCGCCCCAAAGCCUACCAAGCCAUCGGCAACUUCUGCAAAAGAUCCGGCCGCCUCAUCGUCCCCUCGGAAUACGCCCGCGUCGGCCAACGAGACGCAACGGGUCGCGCUCGCGCUUGGAUUACGGGGAAUUGUAGUGGCGGACAGUGGGUUCCGCAGCGGUUUUGUCGCGCGCAGUUUAUGGAGAUGUGUCAGUUUCGGACGCUGAAUAAGAAGUUUGGGACGAGGAUGUGUCAGUAUUGGCAUCUCAGAUUUGAUCCUCAGAGCAAAAUCGGUGAAGAGCCUCUUGGUGGGUUUCAUAAGAUUCGCAAGCCGUCUUGA